CACAAUCUUGAAAUAGGAUGGAGAAACAAGAGUGGAAUUUAUAAAGCAAACAUGAAUAAGAUCACUCCACCAGUGUGUGGCCUCCUCAUACUGAUGAAGAACGAUCUGGACAGCAGCACACCAGAGGACUCUCUUGGGCCAAACAACAAUCUGGUCUACUUAAAACUAGAGCAAACACCUGCAUGGGCCCAACAUCAUACACAUCAGAGCCAGGAGCUCUUUACCAGAGAUAUGCUGCUACAGGUACUAUCAAGAUCUCAACUGGUGGUGUGCUAUAAAGCCAAGGAUCUGCUUCGUACAGCUCUGCAGUUUUACAAACGAGACCUCAACUGGAAACAAGUGGCAGGCUGUCGUAUCCAGGACCCACAGGUGUCAGGAUGGCUACUGGAUCCUGCAUAUCCCUCCUCUUGCUACCAGGAUCUUCUCAAUAAACACUGCAAAAGACCCACUACGUCACCUGCCCUGGGUACCAAGAAGGUCAUCUCAGGUCUCUCCUCACUCUACUGGCUUCAUAUGGAGCUAUGCUCUAAACUUAAGAGCCAGGGGCUGUGGGACCUUUACUCAGACAUGGAGCUGAACAUGAUUCCUGUCCUGGCAGCCAUGGAGAGCCAUUGCAUCCAUGUGGACAAAGAAGCUCUUAAGAGAACUUCAGACCUACUUGGGACUAAGAUGAAGCAGUUGGAGCAGGAGGCCCACCGAGCAGCAGGGCAAAUAUUCCUGGUCACCAGCAACACUCAGCUACGAACAGUUCUUUUUGACAAGCUGCGCCUCCAUGAGCGCUGCGAGAACAAGAAACUUCCCAAGACCAUCAACAAACAGCAGCAGUCAACAUCAGAAGCUGCAUUGUCACAGCUUCAGGACUUGCACCCUCUGCCAAAGAUCAUUCUAGAGUACAGACAGGUUCACAAAAUCAAAUCCACUUUUGUUGAUGGGAUUCUCUCAUGCAUGAUGAGCAAGAACUACAUUUCCUCUACAUGGUACCAGACAAGUGCUGUGACUGGGAGAAUCUCCGCGAAACACCCAAACUUCCAGGCCUUGCCACGAAAGCCACUUCAAAUCACCAAGCAGUACAUCCAAGGAAAGGAGGAGGAGGUGGUAACUGUUCACCCUCGUGCCAUGUUCAUCCCUGAAAAGGGCUGGACCUUCCUUGCUGCAGACUUCUGCCAGGUGGAGCUGCGUCUGUUAGCUCAUCUCUCCUCUGACCCUGAGCUGCUCCACAUUUUUACCAACCCCCAGGCCGACGUCUUUACCAUGCUGGCCUCUCAGUGGAAGGGGGUGAGUCAGGGUGAGGUGACCUCUGAGGAUCGAGAACAUGCAAAACGCAUUGUCUACUCUGUUGUGUAUGGGGCAGGUCGUAGGCGUCUGUCAGGGAUCUUGGGGGUGAGCGCUGACCAGGCCGGCCAAUUCCAGGACAGCUUCCUCCAGACCUACAGAGAAGUCCAGGCCUUCAUCCAGAGGACCAUCCAGCUGUGCCACAAACAAGGUUAUGUACUAUCCAUUAUGGGUCGUCGGCGGACCCUCCCUAACAUCAACUCUCCAGACUGGGGCAUCCGGAUGCAGGCCGAGAGGCAGGCUGUCAACUUUAUGGUCCAAGGUUCUGCUGCUGAUCUCUGUAAGAUGGCCAUGAUCAGAAUUUUCCACCUGGUCUCCUCCACCACCUCGAUCUCUGCCAGGCUGAUAGCACAUCUCCACGAUGAGCUUCUCUACGAAGUGGAGGACUCCCAGGUGGAACACUUUGCAGCUUUGGUGAAGAGCACAAUGGAGUCCCUGCAGCACAUAGACCAUCUGGGCGUCCAUCUCAAGGUCCCCCUGAAGGUGGCAGUCUCCAGUGGCAAGUCCUGGGGGUCCAUGUCUGAGCUUAACAUCCCUCAGCCGUCUCCCUCUCCUUCUGUUUGAGUCCUUCCUCCUCCCUCCCCUCACUGCCUGCCUUUCCACCUUUUCCACUCCUCUGUAUUCAAUAAUAAACUUUUCUCUUACCGACAUUUUCUCCCUUCUCUCCCUCUCCGUGUGUUCUCAUCUUUCUCUGAGUUUCUUGUUCCACUUCUCCCUUCCAUAGUCUAUCUCUCCGCCUCUGACUUCACUUGUCCUGCAUCCACAUCGCUAUGGAAACCAGGCAGCUGCAGCUCCUUCCAGCUCCCAGUUCGCGCUUUCACUCCAUCCGUAUCCGGGGGCAACGGCAGGAGCCGCAGACUGGAUUGCACCAGUUCUCUUUUUUCUCUCUUUCUCCAUCCUGAAAAAAAAAGAUUCCUUGUCCUCUUCUCCUCCGUUUUCACACUAUCUUGUUAAGACUAAUCCUGUUUUCUCUGCUUCAUAGCCAAGGUGAAACUACACAUUUGAGGGAGUGCUUGAUAUUUAUCGGUUCAUAAAAUUGGUUGUCGGUAUGCUUUGUAAAAAAGGACAUAGCGGUUGAGCUACUGUGUACCUGAAAUAUGGUGUA